AUGGCUUUCAAAGCUAUGCUCCUGCUUGCUACCAUUCUCUUAGUUACUGUUUCCGCAGAUGAACAUCCAGAGAAAAACGCAAAGUUUUGGGGGCUAUUUCCUUGGAUGGAUUGGGAUGAUGAACCACUAUUCAAUGACCCAAUCCCAAUUACGCCACGAUCUCCACCACCGCCACUGCCACCACCGCCACCACCGCCACCCAAAGCACCGGCUCCAGUACCACCUCCAGCGAAAGCACCUGCACCAGCUCCUGUGUCCCCACCACCUUCGACUCCGACUCGGAAAAAGGACGGCGAUGAUUCCUCUUUCCCAGGAGGCGUUAUUCCACCGUUCGUUCCAGUUACACCGGUCUUCCCAAUUGUACCGCCUGUUCCAAUAUCGGGCGGUGGAACCCAGAGUCCGAGCACAACUGGUCCCCCUCCCAACACCAAACCGUCACCCCCACCCGACACCAAAACCCCAAACAACUCCCGUCAAUGCACGUGCGCUCCUCCAGUUCCAGUAGUGAAGAACCCUAACCCUAAUCCUCAGAUCAAGGCCCCGCCUGCUCCACCCUCUCCCAUCACGUCCCCAUCCACUCCACCAUCUCCUCCGCUGAAGGCCUCGUCUCCACCUCCACCAUCACCACUUCCCAAAAGAGCACCGCCGCCGCCUUCACCUCCGAAGAAGAAGGCAUCGCCUCCACCACCACCGUCGGACGAGGAGGAGGGCGCACCGGAGGAGGCACCAGCUCCCUCGCCAACACCUCUGACGAAAGCACCAGCUCCAAUACCUCUAUUGAAAGCACCAGCGCCAAUACCUCUAGCGAAAGCACCGCUGCCGCCUCCACCUCCGAAGAUUAAGGCGGCACCAGCUUCCUCCUCAAAACCUCGUCCGAAAGCACCGCCUUCGAAACCUCUGGUGGACGCACCUGCUCCGAAACCUAAUCUGGUACCCAAAGCACCCGCUCCGAGGGCUAAUCGGGUGCCCAAAGUACCAGCUGCACAACCUCCACAAAAAGGACCGGCUCGGAGACCUAAUGGGGGACGGAGAGCACCUGCUCCAAAACCGGAUCGGGUGCGAAAAGCACCCGCUCCAGAACCGCUCGUGAAUGAACCUGCUCCGAUACUGCUACGCUGA